GACGGGAUAAUUGUUGUGGUCAAACUCGUAAUAACAAAUUUAAUCCUAACAAACCAACUCCUGAAAAUUGUUGGGGUAUCACCUGUCAAACUCAACACGUUUUAUUGGAUGAAACUACAUGGUUGGCCACAUUAUUGUUUCUACAUUACCGAUGGAUUUGCCAAAUUAGUUGUCCUUGACAAGUAAGCGAGUGAACGAGUACUCCUUUAGUUUAAGAAGAAUCUAUGAAGUAAUAUCAAUGUGCAUAACAAGUUAUAGAGACGUUAGUUUUUUGUGUAUUUGGUGUAACGAGCUGGCAAGUCAACUGGGAUACAAAAGAUGACUUAGAUAGUUCUGUGAAUUUUUUAAAUUGAAUUACAUUUUCUAGUGUUUGCAUUUAUUCAGUACUACACGAUUAAAUCUUCAAUCUUGUUGUAUCUUUUCUUUCAUGACCUUAGUACGUGUAUAAAAAAGAGAAUUGGUAUGGUGUUAUCAUAAAUUGUGUUCCUGAUCCAUUUAUGUUGAUGGGUGGUUAAUUUCGACUCUGUCACAAUUUCGAUCCUUAAAGUAAGCGUAUUAUUUUACGGUAUCCGCAAAAUAUGAUUAUUAGGGCUCUUGGAAGUAAGUAAGACUGUAAGGGUUGAUAUAUUAUUCACUUGUUGUUAAUGGGAAUAUUGUCUUUUAGCUUGAUUGUGUUCGAAAGGGUAGACAGAAUACCGGUUCUAUUUAAUGGGUGAACAUGAUUAAAGUAAGUUCUAAGCAAGUGAACAACUGAACUCAGCUGUUAUUAAGUCGUCAGGUGCAUAUGGGACUGGGAUGAGCAGUUAACAAAGUUCCGUGCGAAGAAGGAAACACAAGUGUAAAAAGAAGAAUAAAAGUAGAACCUGUAGUAGCCACACAAGUUGCAGACAUACUCUUCACGAAUGCAAAGAACAUUCAAUAUCUCCAAAAGAAAUGGUUACUUCAUUCAGUGGAAAUCCUGUAGUUUAUCCACCUUGUGUACGUCUCAUGGUACUUGCAUCACAGUCAGUUCAAUCGGGACAGUUAUACAUCAUCACAAGCCAAGAAGCAAAAAGCGGUUGGGGUUGCAUUGGCCGAUCUUCAGCACUAUGCCCAAUAGCGAAUUUUCCAAAUGACCAUGAAAUAAGUGAGAUACACUGUGAAGUCACGUAUGAUGCUGAUUCAUGCCGAUAUACUUUAGUAAAUAGAUGUCCGAAUUGUGGAACUUCGAUAAAUGGAGUAACAUUGGAAAAGAAUAAAUCAGCAAUAUUGUGUCAUGGUGAUGUUGUAAGACUGGGAUCAACUCGUCUAUUAGUUCACAUACACAAUGGUAAUGAAACAUGUGGACAGUGUGAUCCAGAAGAAAUUAAAGCUGCCUUAGCUGCAAUAGUUGAUGUGAAUGAAACAAGAGAAUGUGAAAAUCCAAAUGAUAGUCAAAGUGAACAUAAUGAAUCUGCAACUUUAUCAACGCAUUCAAUAAAAGAUAUAGAAAGACGAGUGAAAUUGGAUGAAAUUAAAAAGAAAUAUGGAUUAAAGUUUCCACGCAUGAGAACACAAGUUAAAGUUGAUAAUAAACAAUACAUUGAUCGUGCCGCGCAACGUCGAGCUAUUGAAGCAAACUUGAAGGCAGCUGGUUAUCCUUUACCUCCUCCACCUGGUGUAAUACGACAACAACAUGUAGUCAAUAAGUGUCCAUUGAUCGCUCGACCAACACCAGCCAGUGUUUAUAAACCUAUUGGAGAUGAAAAUAAGGGUGCUCAAAUGUUGACUAAAAUGGGUUGGACACCUGGUCAAGGAUUAGGCAAGAGUAAAAUUGGAAUUGCAGAACCGAUAACUGUUAAUCUCCGAGUGAAUCCACAAGCUGGACUUGGUUCAAGUCAUAGUAAGGCAAAUGUUGUGCCUAUUGAUUCGACACCAAAAGAAUUAUCACAAGCGUAUAUACGUGCAAAAACCAAAGAACGUUUCGACAGUAUACCAUAAUGAAAUACUCAUAUGUGUAUGUAUGUAUGAUUAGAGUUCUAUGCAUUUAUCCAUUUAUUAGUUUAUAAAUGAAAUGAUAAAGUUAUCAGUGCUAUGUGGUAAUGUUAAAUAUCCCUUUUAUGAGGUAGACUGGAUUUGUUUUAAUAAAACCUUGAUAAUUGAUGAA